CGCGUCCCCUCGAAGAUGCACGCGUUUGAAAACCCAAAAAUACAGAGGGGCCCACUUACACCUUGUCUCUUACCAUCACUGCCGCUCCUUCAUCUGCUCGCUGCUAGCCUGCGUCUGCUCGUGCCCUCUGGGUCCCCCGCCCGCGUCGCCUAGCGCGCUGUACCGUGCCGCCGUCUUCACCAUGGAUUCCGCAGGAGGUUGCCCCGAGUCGCUGGAGAAGCUGUUCCAGCAGUUAGAGCUGGAGAGCGAGCGACGUGCCAAGGGAGAUUACCGCUUCCGCCACGACGACAUCGCGACUACGCCGUCGUCGCCCGAGGUGAAGACCAUGGGCCUGCGCCAGGAGCCGUCCGAGAGCAGCCUGAGGACGAAGCGGAACCGCAGGAGGGGAAGUGUGUCCAUCACGCGGUUUGGCCAGCUGCAUGACGACUUCUCGAGUAAGGCAAACAGCCCUGCGUCUCCGAAGCGCCUGUCCGCCAUAGCCCCGGAGCGUGACCCACCGUUCUACCAGACUCCCAUGGGGAGCACUAGCAACGGCUCGAUCGCUUCUGGCGCGUCGACCGACGCGUCAGACGAGCACCACAUCACGCAGAUGCAGCAGAUUGUCCCCCGCCAGAACACCAUAUCGCGCGCGGUCGGCGGCAUGCUCCCCCGGCGACUAAGUCGCGCGCGUUCCGAGCGAGUAAUCGGCAAUCAGCAGGAGACCAACCUUGUCAUCGGUGUCUCCGUCUCAGAAGCCACCGUCGAGGCGACCGCAGAAGAGGAGGGCGCCAUGGAAACGCGCAUAGUGGUCCAGCGGCCACUGCGGAAUCAGCCGUCGCGCCUGAGCAUGGCGGAGAGCACGCCCGCCAGCACCGGCUGGGUGUCCAAAGCAAAGAACUUCACGUCGAAGUUCAAACGGAAAAGUACAGCGGGUAUCCCGAGCCCAGAGCCCGCGUCGCCGUAAAUAUCUAAGUAUCAUCCCCUGGGUCUUGGUUGCUUUCAUCUGUCAGGCUAUCGUACAUGUACAGUUGCUCUCACCGUCCAUCUCUCCUGCAGUCAUUCUAAUAGAAGUGUCGUCCACGUGGACAUUGACAACA